AUGGAGAGACUUCCCAAGGACCGGACCCAAUUGCCGGGUUCUUCUCGAUUUAAUGCGCGGUCAUUGCUGUCACAGUGGUUCAAGCUACCUCCAGGUUUUCCCUCGGCCAUGCGCUCCAUGCGCUGCUUUCUGCUUGUGGUGGCAGCCUUGGGGCAAGAGCUGCCAGACGAUGCCCAGUGCCAGCUCGGGGACUGUGCGCUGCAGGCGCUGCAGAAACAUGCCUCCAAGACCAGCGACUUGGAGCAUGAGAAGGCGCACGAUGUGGAGGUGAAGGCGAGCAAGGCGAGCAAGGCCGCCGGUGAGCAGGUAGCGGAGCAGCACCAGGAAGCUGGUUUUUGCGACACAGACACCAAGGGCACCUGCAGCUGGUUCGAUUGCGCAGCCUCUCGGAAUUCGGAGUGCGUGCAGGGGAAGUGCGUUUGUAAGGGCAACAUGUGCGCCAAGGACGGGAAGUGCUCCCUGCCAACGGGCUACAAGUUGGGCCACACCAGCGCGCAGGAGCGCGACACUGGGGGCAGCUGCAUGUUCUUCGGCUGCGACAGCUCCCGCGGGCCGACCAAGUGCGAUGGCCUGACGUACAAGUGCACUUGCGCAGAGGGCUUCUUCUCCCAGAAUGGGAAGUGCACGCCCCGGCUUGAGCCCACAACCAACCCUUCGGCCUCGACCGUGGAUUGGUCCAAAACGGAUUGGACGAAGAUGGACUGGAGCAAGGUGUUCCAGAACUAUGGCUGGGGCGCCACCACUGAUUGGUCCAAGGUGGACUGGUCCAAGGUUGGCGCGGGCGGAAAAAGCUUGGCAUCCCCCUACGUUGCCCCGGGAUACCCAGGAAUCCCCGGGCCAUCGCCGCCCUCGAAUCCUUACUCGCCCUAUGGUGCGCCCAACCCCUACGCCUAUGCCUCACCCUACGGCGUGCCGUACUGGAGAUGAGCGAUGUUUGGUCCUCAACCAGCAGGCUGAACAUGGCAGCGUCUUUAGUUGUACAGGCUUUUGGCCAGUGAAUUCGACUGAAAUGUCGUCUAGUGCCUUCAACAGUGCAAUUGCGUGGCAACAAGCAGCGCGCGCCGUGAAGGGGACCCGUUCCAAAGUGUUUGUAGUCAGGUCAUGCUGAGCCUCCUGGCUUUGGCUUUUCGACGCUGGAGGAUCCCCUUCACCUGACUACACAUCCCAAGCAUGCCACGAAUGUUUGCCUUCACCAUCAACAGCACAAUAUUUUGACCACUGGAUUCUUGCAGAGGCCAAAUCUGCCUCGAUUCGAAUUGCCCAAGGCCAGUUGGGAAUCCCCGGCGAAGCCUCUCAGCCUUCGGACUUCGAAGUACUUCACUUUCCAACCUCAUGCA